ACUGUGCGAAUUACUGCUGUUUAAAGUCGGUUACAUUUUUCCGAAGAGUUUAGUGAAAACUACGCAGGACUCCUUAGCUAGAAGGAGUAUGGCCGGCACCGCUGUGAUGCCAAACUUCAUGCCUUCGCCUGCUAUGGAUCAAAUAGUUACGAAAUUAGUUCCAAUAUCGCGGAGGCUCUAUGAAUGCUCCGCUUUCACCCUAAACCUCUGCGCUCAUUCUGGGGUUUUCGUCGACCCAGUGUACCAUGUGACCCAACGACAUCGCAGUUUCACCGUAGAGAGUCAGUUUGGUCGCGCUCAAGAUAUGAUCAUUCCGAGACAAAGUAAAGGCCGACGCGAAUAUUUUUUUCGUCUGACUGGAACGAGGGAGCAGGUCGCUGUUGCUCGCGAAAUCAUCGCAGAGAUCGCGAGCCUAAAGGAAAUAAAGGACAACCAUAUUACUCUUAAAAUGGACGUGUCCUUUGCGGACCACUCAUUCAUCAUUGGGCGGCUGGGCAAAAACAUUCAGAUGGUGAUGCGUAGCACCGAUACCCACAUUCAUUUUCCUGACUCGAACCGAAACAAUCAAGUGGAAAAGAGUAAUCAGGUAUCGGUGGCUGGAGAACCAGAUUCGGUGCUUAAGGCGCGUAAAAGGAUCCGCGAUAUGCUUCCAGUAUCAUUUGUGUUCGUCGUAGACAAGGCAGAUUACGUUAAGGUCGCGUGUCAGUAUGAUGGCAACGAAGGGAAGAUACUGGAGAAACUUAAGAGGGAGUUUGAGCCCCUUCAAAACGAAUAUAGCAUGACGAUCAAUUGGCUGCCGGUUUGGGGUAGAUGCGCAAUGGUUACUGUUCGCGGACGGCGCAGCAACUUUCACCGCAUUCGCGAAGGCCUACUCCGGCUUAUGGACCUGUUACAGCCAAACAAGAAGCGUCCCGUUGUCUAUCUGGGUCUUGAAGUGUCGCCCCAUUAUUUGAGCUACGUACUGGGCCCAAACGACAUCAAGAUUCGUUAUCUCCAAGAGCGAACCAAUUCGAAAUUUCAGGUUAUAGCUACUCGAAAUGAGCGUGCGUAUCACAUACCAACAAUUAGGAUUUUCGGCCAAAUUGACAAUGUCUUCGAAGCGUGGACUGGCGUCAUGGAUCUGUUGCCAGCAACCUUGCUAAUCGACGUGUCAGAAGUGCCCCAAUCUUGGCAUGACGCAAUUAAUGAAGAGGAGCGUAGGAACUGGUCGAAUGACACGGGCAUCGCUGUCUGCGGUAGCGAAAAUUCCCAGCUGUUGGAGCAUCCCUACUUGGCCUGCUUGCCCUCCGACAUUCUCAAGGAGCUCGGCGAAUUGAAAGUUGUUCCUUUGGAAGCGCUGGCAAGUGCGCUUAUUGCAGCGAGAAAACACGACAGAUAUGAUGCUACCGUUGCAGCCAUGCGAACAACGGUGAAACUCAUAUGCAAGAUCAAUGACAUGCUGUAUGAUUAUGAUAUCUCGUUACUUUUGAGACUUAACCGAGAUUCGCGUCAGUGGAAAAUUGUAGCCAGAGGUCCUGAAGGAUUUGUAAAUUUGCUAAUGGAUGUCUACCGUGCACUUACGCUGCCGAACGUAAAUCCUCUGGCCUUUGUAAAAGCGGCAGCAAGCACCGCGAAAUCACCUAUACGGUAUGCGGAUCUGAUAAAGUCGGAGGCUUCAAAUUGUCCUACACACUCUUUAAGUGAGCCGAUGGACAAAAUGGUACUGGACCAGUUUGCCGCGAUAGUUGACGAAGGCUCUGCAGACUCUUCCGGCAUCGUGCGCUCGAAAGUUCUUAUGCAUCAGAAGCAGCAAACCUCAGUUUUGCAGCGUACACUCUAUGAUGAAAUUGGAUCAAAUCUAGAACGUACCAAUCAGCGCAUCCGAAAACAUGAUUCGAGCUUCAAUCAGAAUUCGGACUUGAUUGCGAACAGCGAGUGCGCCACCUCCUUCGGGGGUUACGAGCUUUCUGAAGGAACCUGCCGUACCCGAACAGUAGCGCCCGUUGCACCUGUGAAACUCGAGUCUCUUAGGAGCUGCGCAAGUCUUGCCUAUCGUGACCAUACUGAAAAUAACAGUGUUAUAGAUGACAGCUCCUUAAUCGGUUCAUCCGCUGCUGCCUCCCUGAUUCCCAAACCUCAAAGGACAUGGACGAGCUCGCCGUUACCAUCCGUUCAAAUGUCAUCAAAUCGGUGCUCGGACUCAAUUGAUAGUUGGGAAGCAUGCUUAAGUGACUGUUGUUCGCCUAUCAGUGACCAGAUGUCCCCUCAACCAAAGCCGAUGACCUGUACGUUGCCCUUCGAUGGCAUACCUCAUGGCCGAUGCGUUCCGCGGGCGACGGCCACGUCUGAUAAUUCUACGCAGGAUGUUUGUAAUCGCGAACUUUUCGGGCCUUUUCAGCCGCAUGAACAACUUGUUUCCAAAUUUAACGAGCUGAGCGUAAAUAACGAGGAUAGCGACGGCAACGAAUGGAGGAAAAACAUCGCGAAUUUAGCAGUUGGGGCCGGCAGGCGUCCAUUCAAAAGUAGUGAUAUAGCAUAAUCGUCUCAAGAGGGCUUCAGCUAAUGUGAACAACAUAGAGCUUUCGGUUCAAACAGUAUAGGCCAUAGAAGCCCAUAUCUGCAUGAAGUGGGAGAGCAAGAACGUUAGCGCUUACGUACCGGCGAAAUGGUUGCCCUCCGUCCAAAUCUCAGGCAAAUGUUCCUUGGGACAGUACCAGUUUACCGUUUUAAAUCAGCCUUGUUGCGUGAGCUGAUUCUAGCCGAAAGCUGCGUUUCGCUCGCCAGAAGGACGAACCUUUGAUUAUUUCGACACAAUGAUUGGACUUGUUUAGCUUUAUCGAUGAUGGUGGUGGGUCGGAUAAAAACAAAACUUUGUGCAUUCUGCAACGGCACAACGUAUUUGUUACUCUUGCUAUUACGUUAUUGGAAUGAUCAUUUCUAUGAUAUUGUUAGACAACCGGAGUAUAUGUGGUAUCAUAUAUAGAUGAGUUGUAGAUGCAGCUUUGGUCGAUCAUUUAAAAUGAUACAGGAAAUAGUAGAAGUAUAGGACUGUGCUCGACAUAGAAGUAGUUAUACGCAUGAACUUAGUGUUUCAUGUAGCGAUAUUCUGAUUAUAUUAUGGUAUGCCAGAUGAUUAUCAGGGCCCUAUCAAGCUUCUCAUCAAGCCAUACCGCAACUAGUCUUGUCGAUGAUGAAGAUCGUUUCGUAUUUUGCAAUUAUAGUAAUAGUGGUUAGUUUCUAUAGCUAUCGUUGUUUAUUUCACAUACGAAACGUAACUGCAAGCCUUAGCAGCGAUGGAAAACAUACGGCGGUACCUGUACAUCUUCAUGUAAUGGUUGAUGGAACCCGACAGUGUGCCUUACUAUAUGUAAUUGGGUCAUAUCGCUAUCAUUUUGUUACUAUUUUUUAUACAUCAAUUAGCUGAGCUCCACUACCAGAACUAUCGAUGUUCCGAUGAAACAUACUAACUUACGAACGAAAAUCUCUGCAGUGCGAAAAAUGUGACAGGCAUUAGAAGAUACUGAGUGUGACACCAGAGACAAGGACAAAGUAUAACAAACGAAGAGAAGUAAUAUCAUUUUUAUCUAAAAAAAAAAAUAACAAACAGCCAAAAUGGUAGUCUAAGUAAAUGCAGAUGACAUUAAACAGAAGACUAAAUAGGGCUAUUGGAACAGACUCGCCCGCCGAUUGGAUGAUCACAAUCGAAAGGGUCAAUUGAGACUAUGGUUUGUUGUAAAAGAAAGAACAUUGUUAAGAAACUCAUGAGAAAUAAACGAAAGUGUACGAGACAUGAUCUCAAUUUGCAAAAGAAAUUAAUCAAAAUUUUAA